GUGACAAAGUCGACAGCCAUUGGGAAACGACUUUUGCGAACUUCAUCGUUGCGUUUGGAUAUUGUAGGAACUGUCCAAUAUAAAAGUUUUUUUUUCCAAAUGGAUGUCUACUCGUCAAAACUGUCACAUGCUGUGGAUGUCGGAGUUGGCGCGUAUCUACUUGUCAUUGCUGUUCUGUCCAUCAUAGGGAACCUCCUGGUGCUCAUCAUGGCCAGCAAGCGCUCCAAGCACAUGAAGCCGGCAGAGCUGCUGAGCGUGAGCCUGGCUGUGACGGACCUUGGUGCGGCCGUGACGAUGUACCCGCUGGCUGCAGCGUCGGCCUGGAACCAUCACUGGAUCGGCGGUGACGUCACAUGCCGCUACUACGGCUUCAUGGGGUUCUUCUUCGGAAUAGCCAGCAUGGCGACGCUGACAGUGAUGGCCGUCGUCCGAUUCAUCGUGUCCACCAACCUGCAGUCACCCAAGGAGCGGGUGAGCAUGCGGAAUGCUAAGCUGCUGGUGGUGGGGGCAUGGCUGUACGCGCUGCUCUGGGCCGUUUUCCCCUUCGCCGGCUGGGGCCAGUAUGGUCCUGAGCCCUUUGGCCUGUCUUGCACACUGUCCUGGGCCAACAUGCGCCACAUCGACCACGGCUUCUCCUUCGUCAUCAGCAUGUUCUCCAUGAACCUGGCCACACCCGCCGUGGUCAUCAUCACCUGCUACGCCGGCAUCGCCUUGCGCCUGCGGGUCACCUUCAAGUCCAUCAACAGCUUCAACCACCUGCCCAACGCCGUCAAGAUGCAGAAAAGACUUGUACUGAUCGCCAUCUUCAUCAGCAUGGGUUUCCUGGGUAGCUGGACGCCCUACGGCAUGGUGAGUCUGUGGUCAGUGUACAGCGACAGCACCUCCAUCCCGCCAAUGGUGAGCAUGUUGCCCUGCCUGUUCGCCAAGACCUCCACUGUCUACAACCCCCUCAUCUAUUACAUCUUCAGCAAGGCCUUCAAGACCCAAGUCAAACAGCUGUGUUGUCCGUACAGAUGGUCCAACGCCUGCAACCAAGACAUGGACAGCAACAAGGCCAUCGAGAACACCGUCUACCUGGUGUGCAAUGACGCCAAACCUCCACAGCCAAGGCCCCGCAUGGACGACAAGGACCUCGGGACAACGGAGCAGAUGGAGACGCGGCUGACUCUGGAAUACCAAUAGUGUUUAUUUAUUGAAGUGGGGGGGGGGGGGGGGGAGUAUUACAGCUGGUGUCCCAGACGAUAGAUCAUGACUAAAGCCCAGGGCUGGGGAGGCAGAGGUGGAGAAUAGAGGAGAGGGUGACAAAAAAAAAAAAGUACUGCUAUGGAAAGUUUUCCAAAUGAUCUUUUCCACAAGGGGAGUUUGUAUUCUUUCUCUCAGUCCAGGUAAACAUCUGAAAAGCUAUAAAAAAAAAAGAGGUGCACAAACUCAUGAGCUCUGCAGCUUUCAAAGGCAACCAUCCUUGCCACUUGUCACAUCCUGACAGAGGCCUCGUUUGAAUUCAAGGGGAAAAAUGAAUGUCACGCCAAUUCAUCUCUCUGAAACUCGCAACUGUGACUAUAAUUUAGGGUGAGGUUGCUGUUGUGUGUCUGAGACUGAGUGCAAUGAAAGACACUCACAAAGUUAGUGUAAGAAUGUGGUUCCUGUCUGAGAGAGGAUUAAAAAAAUGCUUAAAAUGUUGACUGGAACAGAUGUCCUGGAUAAUGUGGGUUCUUUUUUUUCAGGAUAUCUGUGAAAAUAGUUUUUCCACAGCUUUCAACAACAGA